AUGGCUACUUUCAUCAAAUUUCUUUGUGUACUUUUCGUCCUCAGUUUCGUUGGCAAAGGAAAUUGUCAAUGCACCCUAAGCCAAGUAACCAUCAAACAAUCUAAAACUGGAGAAGUAGUGCAACAAAAGCCAGUGUGGAGUGUGACAAUCAACAAUGGCUGCCUAUGUUCCCAAUCAGAUUUGAAAUUGUCCUGCAAUGGUUUUCAGACAGUGAAACCUGUUGACCCUUCGGUAUUGUCUAAGUCAGGCAACGAAUGUCUAGUUAACAAUGGUGUCCCAGUUGCACCAUCUUCUUCACUUAGCUUCACCUAUGCUUGGGACACUUCAUUUUCAUUCCAGCCACUUUCUUCCCAAAUUAAUUGUUCUUGA